AUGUCGCUAAACGCUGAGAAUGUUACACAACGGCCUAUCUCUCGCACCUCUGGAGCUGGGAGCGAGAAAACCUUCGAAGCCAAAUUUUUUACUCUUACCGUAGAGGAAGCUGCCAAACAACCUCCCGGGAAGGAAUACGAUAUCAUCAUAGUUGGCUCCGGAAUCGGCGGGGGAGUUCUAGCACACGAUCUCUACGAUACCAAUAUCAAACUGGGCAACAAGGCAAAACGGGUGCUGUUACUCGAAAAGGGUGGUGUCGUAUUUCAUUCUCAUUCAAAACGACACGUUUUUCAACGCUUCAAAGACGACUAUGUCUUUUCCCCGCCAUUGACCCAAAAGGAGUGGAAAGGUGGCCCCAUGUAUAAUCUUGGUGGCCGCAGUGCCGCAUGGGGAUUAUUUGCACCUCGUAUCCAUGAUUCAGUCCUGAAGAAUCACUUUCACCCCCAGGUCACACGCGAGCUACAGUGGAAUUAUUAUGACAAAGCCGAACGUCUCAUGCUACUAUCUAUCCCUACUACUCGCCGAAUCCAUCAACGUAUCAUGGAUCGACUCAAUCUAGAUGGUCUUGAAGCUGAAAAGGACAGUAAUAUUCAAUGGAAAUGGGGCAGGAUCGCGUCCGAAUUCCAAGAGGAGAAGAACUUUGACUUUGCCGAAGGUGCAUACAGCAGUAUCGACAAAAUUCUCGAGAUUGCCAUGAGCCGACCGCAAAAACAAGAUGCAAAUGGUGCCCAAAUCCCAGUCGAGCACGAGUACUUCAAAACCGUUCUCAACGCCGAUGUCCGCUCGCUGAAUUUCGACAAGGAUAAGAAUGUCACUGGCGUGAACGUUCGGACCGCAUGUGGGGGGGUGGUGCCUAUCAAUGUUCGACAGGGCGGAAACGUCGUGCUUUCUGCCGGUAGCGUUCAUUCUCCCGCAAUUCUGCUUCGAAGUGGAGAUUCCGACUGGCAAUCACGCAUCCGGGACCACGGGGGACUCCGCCUAACCGAUCAUGACAUCUUGUCUUACUCUUGCUCGUUCCGUUAUAGCGAUCCCGACCACCGCUCAGAAUAUGGGGCUAUGAAACUGCAAACAUACGUCGAAAUUGGCGACCAUAUCGCUCUGGCCAACAUGUCCAUCGAUGCAUCUUCAUUCCUCCCUAGGAGCAACACACCGGACAACGAUCUCCCUCAGUUUUUCAUGGUCUUUAUCCUACAACGACCCCUCGUCGAACAAAAUAACAUAUCGAUCAAAGGUGACGAGCCUGAAGUCAAACUCGAACGUGGCGCACGUCCUACAGAAAGCCAACUAAAGACUAUGCGAAACGUGACCGCAACAGCGAUGCGAAGUCUCUCUGCAACGGCUAACCUCAAAUUUGUUGGGUUCGAGGAUAAGCAAAUAACCUGGAAAGACAUUCAACUUUCAGAGCUCCCGCUCGGAGGUGUGGCACACGAACUCGGAACGCUGCCUAUGGACAAUGGUCACUCUGACCAUCCGAGCUGUCUCGAUCCCAACUUGCGUAUACAACCCGAGAUAUGUAACGGGGUAUAUGUAUGCGACCUUUCGUGUCUCCCUUAUUCACCUGAGUCUAAUCCGACGCUCACGCUCGCAGCCCUCGCUAUCCGCCUCUCCCGUCAUCUCAACGCUCGGUCGCGUAUCGAGUGUCUAGCAAAGGACGUUGUACACGUUGUUAAUCAUUCGGGAAGUCAAGUUAAAGUUUGGCUCUCGAAUUAUCAGCCGAACGGGGAGGCCGCAAGCACCGACCAGGCGGUAAUUCUUGAUCCAGGCUCGGACAAGUCGUGGAAACGGGAAUCAUGUAUAUCCCAAGCACUGUUUGUGUUCAAGCCUAAUCGAGACAAGAAGGAUGGAUCAUUUGUGGAUGCGCCAGUGAUCCUUUUGGCACACCCAGGAAAGGUAACUCCUAUCCACCCAUUAGAAUAA